UGAUUGAUCAGACAGCAGUUUGUGCAAGUGACGUCUCACAAUAUCCCAAUUAUCGAUCCCUACUAUAGCGCCCAUAGCACAAAUGUUUAUCGAAGCACACAACUUCGCAUGACGUCAUCAUCAUUAGGGUAGUGAGUUGAGAUUCGACGGCUGUUCGCGCUUAACAUCACUUUGGUCGAGCAGUCAGCGAACGUGCGUCGUAGCAGCAACUACCCUUCAUCGAUCCGUAACGUUCAUUGCGGCGGCAGCUGCAAUCUGUAUUUACGAUGCAGACCACCGCGAACCCGGCGUUAGACAAGAUUAAUAGGCGACUCGUGACAUUGUGCGUGAUCGGCCUGGCAUUGUCGGUUUACAUCUACAUUGUGGGAUACAACAAGAAACAAGACCCGUCUUACAAGGCAUUAUGCGACAUCUCAGAAACUAUCAGCUGUACCGAUGUGUUAAGUUCCGAGUACAGUAAAGGAUUCGGAAUCAUUCCAAAGAGCUGUUUCCUCCGACUGUACGAAGUCCCAAAUUUCGUAUUCGGCAUAAUAUUCUUCACUGUGACAUUAAUUAUAUCUUUGAAGAAUAGCUACGCCUCUUCCGUGGCUCUCCUCGUUCUUGGAAUAAUUUCUAUCCUCAGCUCGGUGUAUCUGGCUUUUAUAUUAUAUAAAUUGGAAAAGAUAUGCAUAGUGUGCGUAAGUACAUACGUUGUGUGUACGUUGCUGAUGUAUCACAGCCUGAAGAAGUUCCGGAUAGUGUCCGCCAAUAUGGCGCAUCAGCAGAAAACGAAGUGAACGCGGCAGGUUCGAUUACGUUCGACUUUCACGAUCGAGCUAAACAAAUUACUUUUUACCAUUUUAUACUUUUAUUCGCGAGAAGAUUUCCAUGCGCUGACGCAUUGAAAAAUGUGUGUAUGUAUAUAUACAUAUAAUUUUUUUUAGUGUCACGGGUAAAUAACAAAAUACGAUACAGAGAUGUAAUUUAAUCAUGUUAUCACGGACUAACAUAACGAGAACAUAAAUAAUAACGUCACAUCCAAACUGGA